AUGCCUCCCAAAGGAUCCGGAAAGAAGCCUGCGGCUUUCCCCCAGGCCACUUCUAAGUCGUCUGCCGCCAAGAAGCAAAAGAACCCUCUCAUCGAGAAGCGUCCUCGCAACUAUGGCAUCGGUCAAGACAUCCAGCCCCAGCGCAACGUCGGCCGCAUGGUCCGCUGGCCCGCGUAUGUCCGUCUUCAACGCCAGAAGAAGAUCCUCAACAUGCGCUUGAAGGUCCCACCGGCGAUUGCCCAGUUCCAGCACGUUGCCGACCGUAACCUUGCCACCCAGGCUUUCAAGAUCCUCAACAAGUACCGUCCCGAGACCAAGGCCGAGAAGAAGGAGCGCCUCACCAAGGAGGCCACCGCCGUCGCUGAGGGCAAGAAGAAGGAGGACGUCAGCAAGAAGCCCUACGUCGCCAAGUACGGUCUCAACCACGUUGUUGGCCUGAUUGAGAACAAGAAGGCUUCCCUCGUCCUGAUCGCCAACGACGUCGACCCCAUCGAGCUCGUUGUGUACCUGCCCGCUCUCUGCAGGAAGAUGGGUGUCCCUUACGUUAUCGUCAAGGGCAAGGCCCGUCUCGGAACGGUCGUCCACCAGAAGACCGCCGCCGUCCUCGCCCUCACUGAGGUCCGCUCUGAGGACAAGAACGAGCUCCAGAAGCUCGUCACCGCUGUCAACGACGGUUACCUCGAGUCGCACCACAAGGACGCUGCCCGUCACUGGGGAGGUGGUAUCAUGGGUGCCAAGGCCAACGCCCGCAUGGAGAAGAAGAGGAAGGCCAUCGAGAGCGCUAUCAAGAUCUAA